GUUUGAGUUUGAUGUUGUAGGCCGUCGUCGCUGCGCUUACACAGCUGCGAAGGCGUUGUAACGAUCUGUUUAUCGGUAUAGCACGGGCCACCGAGCUUGUUCCUCGCGCACGCGCCGCUGUAGUGCACCACGUCGAGCAGGAGCACUUGCUCUCCCACGCCAGCAUUCGCGAAACGAUGCGGUCGCUGGCACUGCUGCUCGUCAGCGCAGCAGCGCUGCAGCCGCCAGCUCCGCGGCGCAAGCACACAUUACUAAAAGCCGAGGAAAUAGAAGUAGUCGACGCGCGGCGCCAGCGCAAGCAAACGCCAGCAGAACCGCCCCAGGAAAUCACGGGACGCAAGCACUUUAUUCGAGACAUCAUCGAGAACGACAUAAAAGAAAAGAAGCACGAGACCAUCAUUACGAGGUUCCCGCCGGAACCGAACGGGUACUUGCAUCUCGGCCACGCGAAGUCGAUCUGCCUCAAUUUCGGGAUUGCGAAGGACUAUGGGGGCCGGACGCAUUUGCGACUGGACGACACGAACCCCGAGAAGGAGCAGCAGAUCUUUGCCGACGCGAUUUUGGAGGAUGUAAGGUGGUUGGUCGGUGAAAAUGAUGAGGACCCGUGGUUCGAGGGCGUGCGCCACGCUUCCGAUUAUUUUGACGUGCUGUACGCGUGUGCGAAGUUACUCGUUAGACGAGGCGACGCCUACGUCGAUUCUCAGUCCGCCGAGGACAUGAAAUUGAGACGAGGCUCGUUAACGUCCCCUGGUGAAAAUUCCCCAUAUCGAGAUAGAACCGUCGACGAGAACCUGCAAUUACUAGAAGCGAUGCGCAACGGCGAUUUACCGGCCGGGAGUGCUGUUUUGCGAGCGAAGAUCGACAUGGCGUCUCCCAACUUAAAUCUGAGGGAUCCGGCCUUGUACCGAGUGAAGGAAGCGACGCACCCUCGGACCGGAGAUGCUUGGAGGUUGUACCCCAUGUACGACUUCGCCCACGCCUUGAGCGACGCGAUUGAGGGGAUUACUCAUAGCUUGUGUACUCUGGAGUUCGAGGACCACCGACCGCUCUACGACUGGGUCGUGGCCAAGUGUCCCGAAGUCAGGGACGACGCCUGGGUCCUCGGGUGCUUGUCCAAGGCUGGCGGCAAUCCCGAGGACUAUCGAGCAUCACCGGAAACGCCGACGCCGAUCGAGACGGAGCCUCCGUUAGACCUGUGUGGAAAUCAACCAGUGCGUCGGGUGCACGCCAUCGAGCAGGCGUCGCGUCGAUGGCGUGGAGGUUGACGCGAAGAUUCAGCACGACCGCGCCGUAAAAUUUUGAUUUCCACACAGGUUAAAGCCGCCGCGCCAGAUCGAGUUUUCCCGGUUGAACGUGGCGCACACGGUCAUGUCCAAAAGAAAACUCGCGAAGCUCGUCGAUGAUCGACUGGUCAACGGCUGGGAUGAUCCCCGGUUGCCCACCUUGUCAGGUCUGAUCUCGGCGUCCUUCACGCCAUCGACGCGCGUCGUCUCCAGGAGAUGAUCUUGAGGCCGUUCGGACCGAUUUGACAGAAAUGCUCCGCGCAGGUCUGCGAAGGAAGGGCGUGCCGCCCGCUGCGUUAAGGGAGUACGCGGAGCGCGUCGGCGUAUCCAAGGCCGACGCGUUCAUCGAGAGCGAGGUGCUGGAGGACUGCGUGCGAGACGUCCUCGACGAGUCGGCCGCGAGAGCGUUUGGGGUGUUGCGGCCUUUACCGUUAACCGUCGUAGACUGGACGGAAGCUGACGAAGCCGACGAAGCGCUGGAGGCGCCGCGGCACCCGAAGAAAGACUUUGGCGUGAGACCGUUGCGCUUCGGUUCCGACCUCGUGAUCGAGCGGACCGACUUUCACGACCUGCAGGCGGGCGAGCCCCCGAAGGGAUUUAACAGAUUGGUCGAGGGCGGUCGCGUGCGCCUGAGGUACGCCUACGUCGUUCAGUGUAAUUCUGUGGAAAGGGACGACAACGGAGAUGUAUGUAGACUGUUAUGUUCGGUCGAGCGCGACACGCGCGCGGGCGCCAAAGGAUCAGGAGCAAGAUGCAAGGGCAUCAUUCAUUGGUUGCGGAGAGACGACGCCGUGCCCUGCAUCGUGAGGUUGUACGGCAAUUUAUUUAAAGCAGAAAAACCUAGUGGUGAUGAUAACGCAGAUCCACAAGGAGCCUUGGAGGAGUUGGUGGAAGCACUCGUGGAAAGGGAUGUGGUCGAUCGGGCCUACGACGAGCCUCGUUCGGUAACGCAGCUCGAGCGGAACGGCUACUUUUGCGUCGACGCGGCGGGGAGCCCCGCGAUUCCUCCCCAGCGCUUGCCGGGUGCGCCAUUGGUACUGAAUCGGUGCGCUCCUUUGAAAGACGUCUUCGGCGGCAAGAAGCGGAAAUCAGCGGAGAAAUUAACGCAGCCCAAGAAGAAAAAAGAGGCAGCCUUAGAUCUGCCGGCGGACCAGGCCGCGGCGGCGCGCCUCGAGUUGUUGGUUGGUAGUGUAGUAUCGUCAGAACCUGUCGAGGACUCGGACACGUUGUGGAAGUGCUCGGUGGACGUCGGCGAGGGCGAGCCUCGCACCAUCGGCGCCGCGCUACGCGAAGCCUACCCCGACGGCCUCGCGGGGAAGAACGUUAUAGUAUUGGCCAACACGAAGCCGCGCAAUUUGGCGGGCUUCAAGAGCCAGGGCAUGCUCGUCUGCGCUACUCUAGAUGAUACGACCCGACUGGUGGAAGUGGACGCGGCACCCGGAACGCGGGCCCUGUUCAACGGCCUUCCGGCGGCGGACCCCGCGACGCCGAACCAGAUGAACAACAAGAAGCUCUGGCCGACGGCGCAGGCGGCGCUGUCGACUUCCUCCAAUCGUGUGGUAUUGGGCGACUGCGUCCUCGCGGCGGACCGCGCGGUGGCCGCCGUGGACGUCGGCGACGGGGCGAGCGUUGGAUAAGUAUAUCUAGUUCUAGACGCCGUCGGCGAGACAAUUAAGGAAACAUAAC